CCAUGGGCUGGCUGAGACAGGCGGCGGUUCAAGAUGGCGGCAUUCAGCGGUGAACGAUGGCUAAAUGAUUUACCAAAUCAUGCAAUUUUCAAAAACAUACGAGAGAAGUUGGACUUGGAAGCUAACGCAAAUGAAAGGGGGGUCGCUAAAAACCUUACCUUUUGUUUGGGUGGGGACUUUUUCGUGUGGGACGACGCCGACCGCGUGUUUUACACGACCAACUUGCGACAGCUAAACUCGGAUGAGAGUCGCAGUAGCGGGAACUAUCAAGCAUUGCUGUGCAUUAACCCUCCUCUUUUCGAAGUGUGCCAAGUGCUGCUAAGUCCAACGCAGCACCAUGUCGCGCUCGUCGGGCAGCGAGGCGUCUCGGUGCUGGAGCUCCCUCAGCGGUGGGGCAAGAGGUCCGAGUUCGAGGGCGGAAGGAGCGAAAUCAACUGCAAGACCAUCCCGGUGGCAGAGCGCUUCUUCACCAGCUCACCGUCAGUGAAACUGCGGCAGGCGGCUUGGUACCCCAGCGAGACCGAUGAGCCCCACUUGGUGCUGCUCACAUCCGACAACACCAUCAGGUUUUACGGCUUGAAGUCGCCCCAGACGCUGACCAAAGUCCUGCCAGUGUCGCAGUCGGAAGAUGACAGCAGCGUCCAUCAUCCAGUCCGUUCAUAUGCAGCAUCUCUAGGCGAGAUAGCAGUGGCGUUUGACUUUGGGCCGAUUUCGUCCCCCCAUCGGAAGCUGGCAGCACAGUGCUCCAAAGAACAGCUGGUCUACCCUCUGUACAUCCUCUACGAAAAUGGGGAGACGUAUGUGAGCUACACGAGCCAGGCAAACGGCGUGAGUCUAAGUAAACCCGUUGGACCCCUUCCGAUGUAUCCUGCAGCAGAGGAUAACUAUGGCUAUGAUGCUUGUGCCAUUCUCUGCCUGCCAUGUGUGCCCAGCAUCCUGGUCAUCGCUACUGAAACAGGCACGCUGUAUCACUGUGUGGUGCUGGAGUCUGAUGAAGAGGAUGAGACAGGGGCAGUGGAGAAGUGGAUCCGGGGAACAGAGGCAGUGCCUGCUCUCUAUGUAUUUGAGUGUGUUGAGCUAGAGCUCACCCUUAAAGUAGCCACAGGAGAGGAUGAGGAGCCUCAAGAGUUUGAUUUCACCUGUCCAAUCAGACUGCACAGAGACCCCUUGUGUGAGCACAGGUAUCACUGCACCCACGAAGCAGGAGUGCACAGUGUGGGUCUAAUCUGGGUCAACAAGCUGCAGAAGUUCCUGCGGUCAGAUGAGGAGGAUAAGGACAGUAUCCAGGAGCUGGCUGCUGAGAAGCGCUGUAUUGUAGAACACAUUCUUUGUACCAGACCACUUCUAACCAAUCGGUCAGCUCCAAUUCGUGGCUUUUUGAUUGUGUCUGACCUUUCCUUGGGCGCCACUAUGAUCUGCAUUACCAGCACCUAUGAGUGCAUCCUUUUGCCCCUGCUGAGCUCCAUUCGCCCUCCCUCUCCUCCCCUGCUUUGUUCCCAUCCAGGUCCAGGCUCUGGAAGCUCCCCUCUGCGUGGGCUGGCUGACGACUCCUUCGAGCAGCACAUCCGCAACAUCCUGGUACGUAGCUCUACCAAUCCUCUCGUACUUAAGGCUGGGGACAAGGACACGUCACCACCACCUCCAGAGUGUCUGCAGCUCCUUAGCAGAGCCACACAGGUCUUCCAUGAGGAGUACAUUCUCAAGCAGGACAUGGCCCGUGAAGAGAUGCAGAGAAGGGUAAAACUCCUGACAGGUCAGAAGAAAAAGCAGCUGGAAGAGUUGUCUCUGUGCAGGGAGGAGAGGAUGAGUCUGAGAGAGGCAGCAGAGAGGCUGGCUGAUAAGUACGAAGAUGCAAAGUAUCGUCAGGAAACCAUCAUGAACAGGGUUAAAAAAGUGCUGGGCAGCCUGCAAAGCCAACUACCCAUACUGUCAAACAGUGAAAAGGACAUGAAGAGGGAGCUGCAGACCAUUGGCGAUCAGCUGAAACACUUGGACAACCUCAUCAGACAGGUGAAGAUGAAGAUGGAGUACCAGAAGAAACAAGUGGACAAGGAUGUGCCUGCAGCCAGGACAACAGUUUCACUCAAUGCCCACCAGAAGAAGGUUGUUCAAGAUGUGAUCCGCGAACAGGGACAGCAAAUUGGUGACAUGAUGAAACAGAUCAAAGACAUCAAAAACCAUUUCAGUUUCUAAGCACUGCAGAAAUCACUAAAAUUGUAUUGCAAACUAUUGGGGGACAUUAUUCAAAUGAUGUUUUGAAUACUGUUAUUGAAUUGAAUUUUGUGACAUUUGAUGAGAAACUGGAAUGAGUGCUUUUGUCAUAAGUUCAUGUGCCAUGAAUGGGUAUUGGAAUGAAAACAUUUUAUAUACGCUGAUAUAACUUUACCUUUGAUACUACAUGUUGUUUGCCUCUUAAUAGGGAUACGAUAGGUUUGCCUUCCUGUCAUGCAUAAAGUUUUGCUUUUUUUUCAGUAUUUUUAAGUGUUAAGAGUUUGAGUCAGUGAUUUAGUCAGCGCAGAAUAUAACAUGUAUAGGCAGGUAAAAUGGGAAAUAUUUUGAUGAAUAUAUUUAGCAUAUACAUUUUCAACAUGGUUUGCUCCCUUUUUGGAUUAAUAAUAAAACUUAAAGUUCUCUGUAA